AUGCCACCCAAGGUCACUAAGGGCGAAUACAUUGAGACCGAUACCGGCAACAAAAUCUCGCGCCGCUCCCUCAUUCACGGCACACAACACAUCAUCCUCGGGGGGAAAACUGUCAUUCAAGCCGAAGCCGUUAUCCGUGGAGACCUAUAUCGUCUACAAUCCUCAUCAUCCUCCAGCAGUCAUGCACAUCACAACGACGGCGAGAAUCCAUCCUCAUCUGCAACAAAUAUUCCCCCCUCAGUCGCAAUCACCGUAGGCCGAUAUACAUACAUCUCUCGCGCAGCCAUUCUGCGCCCUCCAUCCCGUCUACACCGCGGUAUUCAUUCAUACUAUCCACUCAAAAUAGGCGAUCAUGUCUUCGUCGGUGAGAGAUCGGUAGUUGAAGCCGCACAGAUCGGAAAUCAUGUUCACAUUGGCAAUGAUGUUGUUGUGGGCAAUAUGGCUAUUUUGAAGGAUUUUGCGUAUGUGUUGGAUGGUGCUGUUGUGCCGCCUAAUAUGGUUGUGCCGAGUUUUUGUGUGGUGGGUGGUAGGCCAGCGAGGAUUGUGGGUGAGGUUGGGGAAGGCUAUGGGGUUGAGGGAGCGGAGGGCGGGUUGGCGAGGGAGAGGUAUAGGGUUGUUGGGAGGUGA